AUGGCAUCCGAAGAGUCAAAAGAUGAACGCGACAAACGAGUCGACAAACUCUGGGAAUCCUUGGAUACCCGACGAGAGGGCCAUAUUGACCUGACUGGGUUAAAGAAAGGGUUAAAGAACAUCGAUCAUCCUCUAAAAAAUGCGGACGACAUGGUUGUGAGUGUCGUGAGGGAGGUGGACACGAAUGGCGAUGGACGUAUCGACCAAGCUGAAUUCCGAGCAUUUCUCAACCGCACCGAGGACGGGCUAUGGAAGAUGUUCCAGACCAUUGAUCGAGACAACAGCAGAGAAAUUGACAAGACAGAAUUGCGAAAUGCCUUUUCACGUUCCGGCGUCACGGUAUCGAGUUCCAAGUUGGACCGGUUUUUCGCCGAGGUCGACAAAAACAAUGACGGGGUGAUCUCUUACACAGAGUGGAGGGAUUUCCUUCUGUUCCUCCCUCUCCAGUCUCCGACCGACCUACACGCAGUCCUUUCAUACUACACGGCCACGGGCAAUCUAAACCCGGAAGGAGAUGUCCAUAUCAAUGACCUGCAGGGUUUAGGUACAGACCUUCCGUUUCUUUCACCUUCCGUUCUGGCCAUCCAACACUUUUUGUACAAUUUUUUGUCCCUCCCCGCCUUGGCCUCCCUCCUUCCUUCCGCGCACGCGCAAACCAGCCAAAUUUCAAAGUUGGGACCCGUUUUCGAGCAUGAUUGUGCCUCGCUAGACGGCGACUUGGAGUUGGAGUGGUUGCCUCUUCCCCAGACUACCGCCAUGCGGAUGUUUUUCCGAUAUUAUGGACGGAAGUUGACCGAAAAUACCCCUCAACUAGGCUACUUCCUUGCAGGUGGAAUUGCGGGUGCCACCGGCGUCAAAGCAACGGUCCAGGCGGCGAAGGAUGGAGCCCCGUUGGCCGCGGCGGGGAACGCUUCUAAAACUUUGCUUGAUGCGCUCAAAGUACUAUGGCGAGCUGGAGGAAUACGAAGUUUGUUCGCAGGGAACGGCUUGAACGUGGUGAAGGUUAUGCCAGAGUCUGCAAUCAAGUUUGGUGCUUACGAGUCUGCGAAACGAGCAUUUGCAAAACUCGAAGGACAUCACGAUACCAAGCGACUCCUUCCCACUUCACAGUUUAUGUCUGGUGGCUUUGGUGGAAUGGUUGCCCAAUGCUUUGUUUACCCCCUUGAUACCCUAAAAUUUCGCAUGCAAUGUGAAACAGUGAAAGGUGGUCCGGUAGGCAAUCAGCUCAUCGCAGCUACCGCCAGAAAGGUGUGGAACAAGAGUGGCUUGGUUGGCUUUUUCCGAGGACUCCCGCUUGGCCUCGUGGGUGUAUUUCCCUACGCCGCAAUCGAUCUAUCGACAUUUGAAUACCUCAAACGGACACUCCUAGCCAAGAAGGCUCGUGAAACUGGCUGUCAUGAGGAUGACGUACCUCUCGGUAACUUCACGACAGGUGCAAUUGGCGCUAUGAGUGGAGGAUUCAGCGCCUGUAUUGUCUACCCCCUCAAUGUUCUCCGCACUCGGCUUCAAACCCAGGGCACGAUCAUGCACCCGCCUACAUACACAGGGAUUGGCGAGGUUCUAAGCGUCACACUCAAAACCGAGGGACCCCGCGGUCUGUACAAAGGUCUCACACCUAACCUUCUCAAAGUGGCACCGGCCAUGUCAAUCAGCUACGUGGUCUACGAGAACGCGAAACGCAUGCUUGGCCUACGAUAG